CACGUCCACAGGACCCGCUUCCACCAAGACUUCUGAGGUGGAAACAGCCGCAGUCAGCUCUCUGGUACGGAGUACCUAAUCGAUAGCUAGCCGGUAACCCCGCGCCCACCUCACCCCACAACCUCAGCUCCGAGCUCAGACAGCUCUACCAGCCGCAAGCAUCUCCAUAUGCACCUCACGUCUUUGAGCCUCAUCAUCAGCGCCGGCAGCAGCACUAUCUCACCAUGUCGCGCACAAUGCAGAUGCCGCCGCCUCCGCCGCUUCUCUUAGCCAAGCGGGUGACGUCGUUCCUGCGCGCCAACCUCUCCCCGCAGAUCCACUCGGCCAUGCUCACAACACCGGCUGGCAGCCUGCUCGCCCACGCUAGCAGUUUACCGGCGAGCGCUCUCCGGCGCCAGGCUGCCGUCGCCGCCUCGCUCUGGGCCAUUCAAGGGCCAGCGCGCACGGCACCGACCUCCUCGGGCGUCUCGCCCGGGGCAAUACCCGCGGGGAGCACCGUCCGAUCGAGAAAGAGCGGCACGCACUCCGCGCCGACCGUCACCGUCCAGCUCGACAGCGGCGCCGUCUUCGCCAUCCGCCGCCUGCGUUGCGGCAUGCUCUUCAUCUGCAUGGGCGGCAACGAGGCUGCCGGCCCGGCGCAAACAAAAACAACAACCAUCCCAAUAACCCCGCAACCACCACCAAACGACCCAACAUCCACACCCGCACCCACCGCCGAACACCCCGCGACCGAACCACCCGCCCGUUCCCGCCCAUCGACCCCACCACCCACCACCGCCCCACCAACCUCGCACCCAACAGCAGCAGCAACAGCAGCAGGAGCAACAGCAGGCGGCACACCAACGCCCAGCUCCCCAAGCGAAGCAGCCUCGAUCCUGUCCACCCACACAACCCAGACAACGGGCGCCGCGUCCACCACGAGCACCGCCACACUCUCCGGGUCCAGCAGUAGUAGCGUGUCGCUGAUGCGGCGGCACGUGGAAGAGCUUGCGCGGUGGCUUGACGAGCGGCUGGGCGGGUUGUACGUGCCCGAGGAAGGGAUUGGUGUUGGUAAUAUCGGGGUGGGGAAUGGGAAUGCCGUUGGUGGUGGUGGUGGUGCGGGGAGUGGGGGUAUGGGAGGAGGAGAAGGUAGGGGGUUAGAGGUGAGGUAG